AUGCUUAAAUUUUAAAAGAGAUCAAGAAAUGAAAUCAAAGGCUGCUUUCUUAACCUUGUCAAUUCUUUGGACUUUUUCGGGCAACCUCCAUUUUUUCGUAUUUUGAAAAGAUAAAAAUUUAAUACAGUCCUGGGCCACUUAUUAACAAUUAUCCUAAUGGCUGUUUGUGCAUUAUACAUGUAUUACCAGAUUUAAGAUUUACUUAAUCAAGGAACUCCAAACAUCAUCAUUUCUGAAACCUAACCUUUGAGCAUGCCGGCUUUUACUUUGGAUCCUAAGAAUUUCACAUUUGUAAUUAGCAUAACAGAUACUUCACUAUUAUCAUUGUCAACCUUCAAAAAACAUUUCGAUGUAGUUUUGACAGCCUGUAAUCGAACUCGUUUUUUCAAUGAAACCAAGCAAGCUUAAGAUGUCUCAUUAUAAUGUCGGAAUGUACCGUUGGAGAGUUGCAAUCUAGAUAAACAUUUUCCUUAGGAUUACCAAAAGCAAUUCUUCUCAAAAUUCCUUUUAAAAAAUUUGUUCUGUAUCAAUUCUACAGUGAGCGAAGAAAACCCACCCUAAUUACAAGGAUACUCAAAUGCUGAUACUUUUCAAUUUUUACAAGUACUAAUGAUGCCUUGUAGAAAUUCAUCAACUUAUAACGGAUGUAGCCCGCCGGAAGAAAUUUAAACUGCACUAAAAGCAGGAUAUUACGCCAUCUAUUUGGGGGACACCUUGUUGAAAUUCGAUAAUCCAGGCCGACCCUAUGAAGAGAUUAUUACGGUUCAAUUUUCUACAUUCUCAUCGAGUCAAUCUAAAUAAAUAUAGUCAAACUUCAAAAUGAUAGAAACUAAGACAGACGUAGGGUUAAUUAGAUAAGACUUAAGAACAGAAUUAGCCUUGCUGUAAUCAACCUAAAAGGAUUUUCAAUCUUCAUACAAUCAAAUAUCCUACAUAGAAAAUCUGAUUUUUAUGGAAUAAAGAGUUGGAAAUUAUAGGAGAUCCUACAUCAAACUCUAAAAUAUAUUGGGCAAUGUUGGAGGACUUUGGCAAUUGGUUGCUCUUACUAUCAGCACAUUAGUCAGUCCUGUUGUUGCAACAUUGAUGAAUUUGUAAAUGGCCAAUCGUAUAUUCAAUUUUGAAAACAAUGUUAGUAAUAAUGAAUCUCCAUCUUUGUCACACUCAAUCAACAAUAUUAAUGGUGAUCAAAACUAGAACGAUUUCAUUAAGGAAGACAAGAACAAAUUGGGGAAUCCUUAAAGAAAAUCUAAAAGGAAUCUAAAUUAAGUGGAAAAUCGAACGGAAUUAAAAAAGUUUCUAAAACAUAAAAAGAAAUAACUGUCGAUUGGUAUGUGUGAUUUGUUUUGUAUGAACUUGGGAAUCAAGAAGUCAUAUCAACAGCAAAUCAAAUAUUCCAUGGAAAAAAUCUUUAAUAAGUUGGACGUUGUAAACAUAUUAAAUAAGAUGCAGGAGAUUGAUAAAUUGAAGUAUGUGCUCUUGAACAAAGAGCAAUUGGAACUAUUUAAUUACAUUCCUAAACCAUUGAUUCCAUCUGAUAUGUUUUCAAAAGACUUUGAGUAGAAACUCAAUGUAUUGGAAGAGAAAAUCGAAUUCCAAUUUAUUCUCUAAGAAGAAAAAUCUGAUCUUUUCAAAAUUGAAUCUGCCUUCUAUGCCUAUAUGAAAUUACAUCAGAAAAAGAAGCUGGGUGAUAUAGAUAAAAACAUCUUAGAGCUUGUUGGAGAAGAUAUGAUUUCAAUUUUUGAGAAAAUCAACAAAAACCAAGAUGACUUUUUAAUUUAAAGCAACAGAAAUAUUCAUUCAAAUUUAAACUUGUUUGAUCAACAUCAAAUUGAAAUAUUAUCCCCUGUAAGUAGUAAAGGAGAUAAUGUUUAAUUUAAUCGAAAUGAUCAUGACUUUGAUUGCAAUUCUGAUUAAAAUGACGAUCACGAUGAACAGGCAGCUUAGAUACCACCCAAAAUCCCUUAUAAGAAUUGA